UUUCAAGCACCUAGCAAUGUGCAGACAAGAAACAAGCGCGUGACAAAGAUAUUGGAUAUUGGAAAUGGGUCGUUUGUAUGAAGCAUGCUUCAGAAACAUUCCAAUCCACCUCUUGGUUUAGAACGGAUUCAUCGAUAUUUUUGUUACGUUUGUGGAACUCUUCUUCCACACAAGUUGGAAGUUCAUGAUUUAUUAGUAUGCCGAAAAUGUAAAACAUCUACGUGUAUGCAUUGGUUCAGUAAUAUGGAUGCAACUUUCAAUACUGAAGCUAAAUCUGGCAAAAUAAACCAAUUUAAUGAUGAUGAGUAUGAAUCCACAUCUUUAUUCUUCCCAUCAAUGAUUAGAGGGGCUAAAAAGAUCUUAAGAUCAGAAAUUGCUUUAAAGGAGGCUUUGGAGUCACAAUUUGAAAACGGUACAUCACAAUCAACAUUUGAUGGACCAACUAUUAGAAAAGAAUGUGCUUAUUGCGGCAAUGAUAGAAUGACUUAUGUUACACUUCAAACUCGUUCAGCAGAUGAAGGACAAACUGUAAUAUAUACUUGUACCCAAUGUUCUAAAAAAGAAAUUGAAAAUACUUGAUUAAGUGUUUUGAUUUUACCCAUUAGUAUUCAUAUUAGUUUAGUUUUGUCGGCUAAAUCUUAAAGUUAGUACUUUUAUCAUGACCCACUAAUACGUUUAAAAUACAAAGUUGAAC